AAGUAAUAAACUGACCAGACUUGAGAAUAGUUGAGAAUAAUAAUGAAUUUGGAUAAAAAAAAAACGUCCAUCGACUAUCAAUAUAAUCGCUUGACGUAUCGUGCAAAUCUUUAACGAUCAAGGGGAAUCUCAAAUCUAAAACGCAAUCUAUCUAGAACCAUUAGAAAAACUGUAACAGGGCAAGCACAGCUUAAAAUAUUAGAGAGUUACAGCGGAACAACUCGGUGCUGCGCACGACCCUCGAGGAAAAGUGAGCUCGGCCGCUGUUCCGGUGUAGUGGGGGCCACAGAAAUCGAGGGGGCAGGACUCAGUAGCAACUUAUUCAACAGAGAGAAUCCAUCGUAUGAUUGUACACAUAACCAUUAUCGAGAAAAAUUAAGUGUUUCCAAAUUCGUAAAAUGAAUCCGUGCACCGAGGGACGGUGACGAACGUGCGAGAUCGAAUCGAUACUGGCACAGCGAGGCCGGAGGGUGUGCAUUUCAGUGAUAAACAAGACUGACAUUUUGGCCGAGGAAACCGGGGAAAGAUGUAUAAGUUACUGGGAAAUUUGGCCAGUUUUCUGAAGUACCAUGAGAUCGUCACGGACUGUGCUAUUUUCCGCAUGCACAACACCUUCACAACUGCCCUUUUGCUGGCGUGCAGUGUAAUUAUUACGGCUACUCAGUUCGUCGGCAACCCCAUCCAAUGCAUCGUCAACGGCCUGCCCAACCAUGUGGUCAACACGUACUGCUGGAUUUCCUCUACUUUUACAAUGCCAGACGCCUUCAGGAGACAGGUCGGAACCGAAGUUGCCCAUCCCGGUAUAGCGAACGACUUCGACGACGAUGGAGCCCAGAAGUAUUAUACGUACUACCAGUGGGUCUGUUUCGUUUUGUUUUUCCAGGCUAUGGCUUGUUAUACCCCAAAAGUACUAUGGGAUGCCUGUGAGAAUAACCUUAUGAAAACGCUUGUGAUGGGUCUCAAUAUAGGAAUAUGCCCCGAAGAAGAGAAAUGCCAGAAAAAAGAAGUCAUAUUGGGAUACCUUAUGAAACACGUGAAGAGACACAACAUGUACGCUUUGCGCUACUGGUCUUGCGAGUUCAUCUGCUUGGUGAACAUAAUAUUGCAGCUCUACCUGAUGAACAAAUUCUUCGACGGAGAAUUCCUGUCGUACGGUCUGCGCGUCAUGAACUUCUCAGAGCAAUCCCAGGAAGACCGGAUCGACCCGAUGGUCUACGUCUUUCCGAGAGUGACGAAGUGCAUCUUCCACAAAUAUGGUGCCUCCGGAACCAUCCAAAAACACGACAGCUUGUGCAUCCUCCCUUUGAACAUCGUCAACGAGAAGACGUAUAUCUUCAUCUGGUUCUGGUUCAUGAUUUUAGCCACCAUGUUGACAGUACUGGUUAUAUACAGAAUAAUAAUCAUAGCCUGUCCUACAGUCAGACCCAGGAUUCUACACGCCAAACACAGGAGUGUUCCCAUCGAAGUGUGCCGAGCGCUUUGCAGGAAAGUUGACUUAGGGGAUUGGUGGAUUCUGCUCAUGUUGGGAACGAAUAUGGACCCCUUCAUUUACAGGGAAGUCAUUUCGGAGCUGACCAAGAAAAUAGAAACCAAUUAUAACCAUUGAUGUUGCCGACGUCUAGUACAGUGUUAGGAUGUUCGAUCAGUACAAACUUUUCUGGAAUCUGGGAGAGAGCUUUAAGUAUUUAAGAAUCCACUCAUGGAAUUGAGGUUUUCCUAAUUCAUUCCAACGUUGUUGACUUUAAUAAUACAGGAAUUUCCUAUUUAGUAUUUAAAACAAAGUUAGUAGUUUGGGUUUGUGAUAUUUAUAAUGCAAGACAUUAUACGAAACUAAAGACCACGAAUUAAGUAAGAUUUACGUUAAGAUAGAUAUUAGAAGGUAUUCACGUGAACAUCGAGACUCGUUAAAGUAUUAGAAGUGAAGUUGGAUCUAAGACAGACGCCAAAUUAUUAUAAAAGUUUAUAUUUUAGAAAAUAUUUAACUCGUAAGUCUUAUACGGAAGACGUAAGUAUGGUGAAGCCGAGAGGUAGAGUUUAUUUCAAUUUUUUUACGAAAUCCCUUAUAAAACUGUUAAUUUAAGGAAUUAAUUUAUACUCUGUGAUUCACUUGGUCUUGUGCCAAGUCCAUGACAAAUUGCCUUGAGGUUCGACUGUACAAAAUUUUUAUAGCAAUUUUACAUAUCGAGGAAUAUUUUUACGAUUUGCGAUACUACUAUUUUAUAAGGACUUUAGAAAUAAGAAAUUUUAUUAUAUGCAAGUUAGUUUUAUUUUGUAUAUUAAAAACUUAAUAAAAUUUUUUAUUAUG